AUGUCUGCAGAGUUCAGCUACAAAAACUUGACAGCUUCAGACUCGAUCAGGCUUCUGCUUCUUCAGCCUCGAGCAGCUUCCAAAGACGACGAAAUACAUUGUAAUCUUCAACACACCACGCUAUCUGAGUGUCAAAAUGAUCUCACAUUUCAUUACAUUGCACUGUCCUAUGUCUGGGGUAAUGAGGAAGAACAAGGCAGAAUAUUUGUAGAGGGAGUCGAACGGCACGUGACCGCCAAUCUCGUCCGUGCUCUACGUUCUAUUCGACACGAGUCAAAAGAGCUUCCUCUUUGGGUGGAUGCUGUUUGUAUCAACCAGCAGAAUGCGAAAGAGCGAAGUCAGCAGGUUCGGUUUAUGGGGUCUAUCUACGCUGCUGCGAGAAACACUAUCAUCUAUCUCGGAGAAUCCGACGAAAAUUCGGAUCGGGCUAUGGAGGCCUUGAAAGAUGACUCUUCUCUUGAUCCUCUGGACUAUGAUGAAACCAUCAAAAGCUGCAUCGUUUCCUCAAUCCUCUCUCGGACUUGGUUUACCCGUGUCUGGGUACUGCAGGAGUUGGCACUGUCACAAAACCCAAUAAUUCAAUGCGGUCAAUCCCGCGUGAACUGGGGAAGACUCCCAAGCUUUUUGUCUUAUAUAGACGGAUAUCUGAAUUCGCGGGCAAACAUUACCAGUACACCACAGCCACAACUUCCCGAGACCGAGCAACUCAUGAUGGACAUGCAAGAAGCGCGGGAGAAGAUUCAAAUUGGCAACAUCAACAGGAAACUAAUUCAAAAGCACCAGACGCUUCUUGAUCUAGUGCGUUCACGGAGUGGACUAGGUGCCAAAGAUCCUCGAGAUAUGAUAUUCGCCCACAUCGGAAUGGUCAAUCAUAUCAGUGGAGAUCAAGUUGACUUUAGAGCAAUAAGUCGAGCUUCUACACUUCUGAGCUUGGAAGGUUUGGAACACAAGGAUUCGACUUCAAGUCCUUUGCAAUCGAAUUUAGUGUCAACACAGCAGAGUUCAGCUUCCGUGCGUGCUGUCUCACAGGUUGACUCGAACUGGACAGGACAAGACAUUACUAUCGACUACGAAAAGACGGUGGCAGAGGUCUACAAUGAGUUUGCCCAGAGGGCUAUUGAAAACUCAGGGGAUCUGUCCAUCGCUCAUCAGAUCCAAACGACCCGUCCACAAGCUCGGUUGCCCGGCCUGGCAUCAUGGGCACCAGACUGGACAUUGCGAGAACAGCAACAAAUCGUUCCCAUCAGUGGGUUGAUACAAGCGCCCCACUUCAUACCUAGUGAACACGUGUUUCCUACGUUUGUCCAAGGAAACCCGAUCCUUGGUUUACCUGGGUACCCCUUGUCUCGUAUCCGAAGUACCAGUCAGGUGAUAGAUCUACACAACUGGGACUAUACGCCAGAUAAUGACCCUGAUAAGGGACGCCCAAAUAUACCUACAUAUACUGGGCUAAUUACAGAGAAGCAUAUUUUAUUAUACCGAGCGAUUUACGGGCGAAUGCGGCAAAAGCUAGGGCAUGGAGUCCUGCUCCCUUUAGUUGAACGGAACAUGCGUGACUACUACGCCAAUAUGAGUGGCCUUUUGAAAGAGAACAUCUUAUGGGCUCUGGGGGUUUCAGAUGCUGGGUCUAUAAAUACUCGGACAAUCGCGGACUAUUUAGGCGAGAGGAGUAUCAUCGAAGGUCGUCGUGUAGCUUUGUUGGAGAAUAGCUUGAAUGCAUUAGUACCAGCAUGCGCUGAAAAAGGAGAUCAUUUGUUUCUAAGCAACUCACAUCCAGCCCUUAUUAUUCUUCGAGGAUACAAAGGCACCGUCGACCUGUCUGUGGAAUCUAGCUUAAGGUCUCCUAUCGAGAUUCAUUUGAAGUCACGGCCAAGCUUUGGCCGUCCGCCGUUGCGACUGCCGCCAACAGCUCGAUUGCCCGUUCGCCAUUAUACCUUCAUUGGAGAUGGUUUUGACAACAGGAGAGACCACCGUAGUAUAGAAGAUACAGGGCCGAGGGAUUAUCACAUUGUUGCGCUCCAUUGA